ACCAUGAAGUACAGACACAGUGAUGGCAAACUGGUCCUCAAGUGCACGGACAACACCGUGUGUGUGAUGUACGCCACGCAACACUCCCAGGACAUCAAGAAAGUCGAGAAACUCACCACUCAUUUGAUGAGACACAUGGCCUCCAAAGACCAGGGACAUCGCCAGUCAUAG